UUGACAGUUAGGGAGUCAAUGGAAUAGAUAAUAGCUUGCUGAGGAGACAGAAAAGCAGAUCACAGGGUAACCGUAAGAAAGUAAAAAUGGGUUGACUGAGCUGAAAGCAAUUCAUGUCAUGACAGGGCCUAAGGUAUGGGGAAAGGGCAUGGAAAAUGCAUUCCCGAUUUAAAAUUAUUGAACUCUAUAUUGAGUUCUGAUGGGUCCCCACAUGGAAAAUGAGAAUCAGAGAAAUUCUAUGGGACAGAAGGAGGCAUUCAGCCCAUUGAAUGUGCACCAGCUCCUUAAAGAGCUGCCCAGCUAUUCCCACUCCCCAACCCUGUUGCUGAAGCCCUCUAAAUUUGUCCCUUUCAAAUGUAUAUCCAGCUCUCUUUUAAAACCUCCUGUGGAAUCUGCCUCCACCACUCUCCCAGGCAGUGCAUCCCAAAUCCUAACAACUUUCUGAGAAAAGAGGUUUCUCCUCAUCUCCCUCUUAGGUCCCUUGCUGACAAUAGGGAAAUUGUGACUCCCAGGGACUGACAUCCUGACCUGUAGAAUCGUACAGCACAGAAGCAGACCCUUCAGUGCAACCAGUCCGUGCUGACCAUAAUCUCAAACUAAAUUAAUCCCACCUCCAUGAACUUGACCCAUAUCCCUCCAAACCUUUUCUAUUCACGUACAUAUCCAAAUAUCUUUUAAAUGUUAUAUACCCACAUCCACUACUUCUGCUGGAAGCUUAUUCUAUACACAAAUUACUCUUUGCAUAAAAAAAAUCUGCCCCCAUGUCUUUUUACAAUCUUUCUCCUCUAACUUUAAAAAUAUGCUGCCUAGUCGUAAGAUUCCCCCAAUUUAUGAAAAAGACACUUGCCAUUGACCUUAUCUAUAUCCCCAGUGAUUUUAUAAACAGAAUAUAGAAAUUAUAGGAACAGAAUAUCCUUCUUUACCCUGUCAAAAUUCUGAACACAUCAAUAGGGUCACCUUUUAAUCUCUGCUCCAAUUCCUGUUUCACUAAUCUUGCCAUGUAUGUAAAAAUCACUGCUAUCAAUUCUACUCAUUCACCUGUGCUGGCCUUUGGGAUAUUGAUUUUACUUUUGUGAACAAGGGUCAGUGGACCUGAAAAGUUGCCCCUGUCUUCUCUCACAGACUUGGCGCUGCAUCUGCAGCAAUUCCUGCUUUUUGUUGCUCACUCUGCUACCCCAGGCAUUUGCAGGAGACUGGAGAGGAGCCGAGUGCGCAGGAGCCGCGCUUCGGGCUCCCCUUGGAGCAUGCGCAGUUCCGCAUCGAUCAGAACCGGAGCCGCUUCGGGAACUGAGUUAUCGCAGAUGGAGUUGGCCAACUCUCAACUAACAACCUGAAGAGGUGAUCGGAUUCUGAACAUGGAAGGAGUAAGCAUCACUCACACUGGGGCGGAAGCCUGCACAAUCCCUGUGAGUGGGCAAGACUUCUGCCAAGAAUCUGACCUCAAGGACCACACAUGCGGUCGCCCUGGAGUGAAACCCUGGAAAUGCAUGGACUGUGGGGCAGGAUUCCUUUUAACUUGACCGAGCUGGAAACUCACCGACGGAGUCACACGGGGGAGAGACUGUUCACCUGCACUGAGUGCGGGAAGGGGUUCACUCAGUCGUCCAGUCUGUUAAGGCACUGUCUCAUUCACACCGAGGAGAGGCCUUUUAAAUGCGCAGACUGUGGGAAGUGCUUCAAAAGCUCCGGCAGUCUGACAUCUCAUCAGCGUGUUCACACUGACUGGAAACCCUUUAAGUGCACGGCCUGCAGGAAGUCUUUUAAAAGUUCCGGGGAACUGACACGCCACCAGCGAGUUCACACCGAGGACAGACCUUUCAACUGCCUGGAUUGCGGAAAGAGCUACAAAAGCUCUGGAAAUCUCAUGUCCCAUCAACGUGUUCACACUGAAGAGAGGCCUUUCAAAUGCCCAGACUGCAGGAAGUGUUUUAAGAGUUCCAGGGAUCUGAUGUCCCAUCAACGGGUUCACUCUGAAGAGAGACCAUUCAAAUGCCCGGACUGUCGGAAGGGCUUCAAAAGUUCUGGGGAGCUGAUACUCCACCAGCGUGUUCACACCGAAGAAAGGCCGUUCCGGUGCUCUCACUGCGGCACUGGGUUCAAGUGGUCAUCGGCCCUCACUGAGCACCAGCGAAUUCACACCGGGGAGAGGCCCUUCUCCUGCGCGGAGUGUGGGAACACAUUCACUCGCUUAUCUACCCUGCUAAACCACCAGCGAGUUCAUAGGGAGGACAGGCCGUUCAAAUGCCUGGUCUGCGGCAAGCCCUUCAAAAGCCCCACGGAGGUGAUGUCCCAUCAACGUGUCCACACGGAUGGGAGACCGUUCGGGUGCUCCAUCUGUGGAACUGAGUUCAGGCAACAGUCUCAACUCACCAAGCACCAGCAUAUUCAUUCUGCGGACAAGUUGUUCUGAGUUUGGGAAGGAACUCACUCAGUGACCUGUCCUAGAGACACACCAGUGAGUUCACAUUAGGGAGAGAAUUUUUGCAACCCAAUAUUAGGAGAGUGCGGUAGAAAUCUGUGAUUUAUGAUUUCUGUUUGAUGUGUUCGCACUGCGGAGAGACCAUCCAGGUGCUCUCUCCACAGGGCUGGGCUCAGCCAUCAUCUACCCUCACUAUAAAUAUCAGUGAGCUCACACUGCGGAGAGGCUGCUCACUUGCUCUGAGUGAGGGAAGAUUUGCUCAUUGAACGGAAACCCUGUAAGUGCACAGAUUGCAGGAAGUCUUUUGUAAGUUCCCGGGAACUGACACACCACCUUGUGAGAGACCAGCGAGUUCAUUCGCAACUGCAGAAGUUGGAUUUGCUGUUAAUCACGUGCUGGACACAUCCAUGUUUCACUGGGUCUUUUGACUGAUGCUAGUAAAUUCCAGAACAUGUGUGAACAUUCAGAAUAAAAAUCGUGUGAAUUAGCUUUGCUUU